ACCUGACUAGUCCCAUCCUCUCCCCGGCCCCGCCGCUGCCGAACGCGGCGGCAAAUUUCUCGUGACGAGUUUUCAGCUCUGUGAAACGACUCCGCAGGGAUUGCAGGGGGGCGCGAGGGGUGAUACCCUCUGCGUACCAGCGGGGCCACCGCACAGGAGUGUUCCUUUCCCCUGCUCCAUCUUAAGAUCUGAACUUCGAGGAGAGACCCGCUGGGCGGCGGCCUCGAGGCGGAUCUAGGCCCGGGCAGGUCCCCAAACCUCGCCGGGCGGGGGCCGUGGAGGAGGAAGCAGUCGGCCGCGGCGAUCGGGCCCUCAUGCGGACGCUGUGGGUUCUGGCCGCGUUCCUGGGGCUCACGCUGCGCCCCGCAGAUUUCCUGGAAGUAGAGAUGGCACAGGGGACUCAGAAAGUGUUCCUGAAUGACAACACCACCAUCGUUUGCAAGGUCCCUGGUUCCCCAUACCUGGACGUCAAGAUUAUGGGUAUCACCUGGUUUUGGAAGAAUCAGGUGUCUAAAGAAGAGUCCAAGCUGUUUGAGUUUUUCGGACACCACCAAAAGGCAUUGCGACCUGGAGCCACUGUGUCUCUACAAAGGCUGAAGAGGGGAGACGCCUCACUGCAGCUGCCUGCGGUCCAGUUGCAUGAGGCAGGAGAGUACCGAUGUGAGCUGGUCGUCACCCCUGAGAAGGCACAGGGAAGAGUCUGGCUAGAGGUUUUGGCUUCCCCAGUCAGCAACCUGUCUCCGGAGCAAGCCAUGGUGAAAUCUAAUGAAGGCAAAAAUAUUUCGUGUAGGUCAAGUUGGUUCUAUCCAGAGAAUAUUAACAUAACAUGGAAAAAAUGGACCCAGAAGGACCCCCAGUACCUGGAGGUUUCUGAGAGCAUCAUCACUGGUCCCACCAUCAAGAAUUCGGAUGGUACGUUUAAUGUCACUAGCUCCUUGAUAUUGAAGCCCUCUCCGGAAGAUGGUAUGAUCAUCUGCCAAUGUGAGGUUCGACACAUAUCCAUGGUCACCUCCCAGAGGUUCAACUCCACCCUGACUCUGACAGAAUCUGAGGACACAGCUCCUUGGAAGAUCAUUAUUCUGCUUAUUGUAUUUGUCUUAGUUGGAUGGGUGCGUUUAUGUUACUGUUUUUAGAAAAGUCUUCUAAUAUCCAGGUGCUGUCAUGGUAAGCGGACAAUUGGCAACGAUACUCAUUGAAAAAGACACUCAAGUUUCAUCAUCAGCCUGGAUUCUGUGGUUUACCGAUGGCUCCAAUCCUUCACUCUUCUCUAUGUCCAUGUAACUUCACGGUGUUCUCCAAUUUGGGACUGCCCCUUGGGGUCAACCUUGUGACUUGCUGCUUUGACCAACAGAAGGAGACAGGAGUGAGUUCCUGUCUCAUGCCAGUUCCGAGGCCUCCAGAGGCCUUGUGUGUUUCCAUGUGCUGUCUUUUGUGCUUCUAACGUUAGUGAAAGGACACAUGCAGGCUGGCCUGCUGGAGGAUGAGAGACACUGGAAGCUACAGCUAGUUGCUCUGGUGGAGGCCGGUCUAGAUCAGAUAACAGCCACCCAACUCCCAGACAUGUGAGCAAAUCUACCUGACAUCAUCAGCGCUGACAGAGCCAACUCUCAAAUGUGUGAGAAAUACUUAUUUUUUUAAAGCCACUACAUCUUAGGCUUUUUGCACAGCAAAAACUAACUGAUGUAGCACCUCAGAAAGCUGAGUUUUGAUCAAAACUUGUAAUAACCAUGGAGAUGUGCUGCUGAGACCCCCUCUAGAGAGAGCCUGCUAGGAAGGGCGUGCUCGGUCAGCAUGCUCCAGCUGCGCUACCUCAGCGACCUGCUGCAGUAUUUAAGCUUAUGCCAUGCUCCCCCCGGCGCUCCAGCCAGGGGCUGAACAAGGCAGGAGUCUCUGGAGCUCCCUGUGGGGGUGGCCGAGACUUUCUCAGGGUUGCACUGUAGCCUUACUACUCGAUCCUACCCCCUCUCUCCCUUCACAGGUAUCAGACCUGCAACAUGCUCUGGAGGUCUUUCCGCCUGUUCCUGUACCCUCUCCCCUUUAUCUUUCACACACUUUACGCCCAAUAACUCUCUUGUACUUCUAAUUCUGUCUGGAAAGCUGCUUCUCUGAAGACCCAAAUUGACACAAGGAGGGACUGAAGAAUUAUAAUGGGGUACUCUCA